GGCCGCUACACAUCUGGACCGACAGCGAGCUGGUGUUCAGGGGCUGGAGAGACCGCCGUUUCCAGCGAGCAGCAGAAGUCAGCACCAACGGUGACCUCUGGACGCGCAUCGGGCACACCAUCGCACAGCGAGAACACGGAGCGGACAUCGUGAACGUCUUACACAUCAACAGCCACCCCACCUGGGAGGAGGCCCAAGCCAGGGGCUUCCCACACGACGCGUGGCUCGGCAACCAGCAUGCCGAUCGACUGGCAGAGCAAGCAGCCCACGACCACGACAUCGACGACAACCAGAUGGACCUAUACGACUGGGUCAACGCCACUGGAUGGCAACGCAAGCACUGCUACCAAAGGGUCGGCCGCGACACCGACUUCACCACGGUCCAGCACUGGUUCCAACAAGGCUGCCAAGGCCCACCUCUGCGACACAGCACAGGCAUCACACAGCACGGAACGGCAGUACACGGCAGCCACCCGAUGGUCUUCCUACACAAAGAGGCGCGUUGGUUCUGCAGGCUAUGCGGGGCCUCGACUUCAGAGUACAUCUCCGAGAAGCUCCAGGGGGAGUGUCUGCAGAGACCUGGGUACAACAGCAUCAAGUACAAGCUCAAGCACUGGCUUGAGCGAGCUGCGGAGGAAGCGGCUACGACCCCGCAGGGCGCGACGCACAAUAAGAGCAGCCCGCCGGACACUCUCGACACGGACGAACACAACAACCAGCACGACGAGCGCCGAGACGACCUGCGACACGACAGACCCGACGUGACCGACAGCAGCUCGGAAAACAGCCAGCGG